GUCCAUACGAGGGUUGGUAGUUAUGUUCUGUCGUAUUAUUUUCCCUCGUAUUAUUUUCCCUCGUAUUAUUUUCCCUCUUUUCCGCAGCAAUCAGAAGUAUUAAUUGGAUCGGUAUUCGUUAUGGCCGUUCAUCUUACCAUGGGUUGUUCGCUGCUCCUUCUGGUCGCAAUGUUUUUUUCGACUGCAGUCGAAUCGAUACCGGUCGUUAAUUCAUCUCGCUGCAACGACCAGCUAGCUUCAGACUGCAGAGUGUAUGGAAAUUCGAAAUGCUACCGCUCAGGAUCAACCCAGCCAGCGUCUUCCGGACAGUAUAACAUCACACUGUAUAGUAUGCGUUUUUGCCCUUACUCGGAACGCGCCCGUUUGAUUCUUAAUGCCAAAAAUACACGAUACAAUAUUAUCAACAUCGAUCCCUACAAUCAACCAGCCUGGUUUGCCGGUAUAAAUCCCAAGAAGCAAGUGCCAUCCCUGGAAUUAGAGAACGGCACGCGGAUUCAUGGAUCACUGGACAUCUCUGUGUACGUCAACGAAAACUUUCCCGGGAUACGCUACGAGCACGACCUGGCAAAGGAUUAUAUUAUCACCUUUGUUACUGAAAACAUAUCCAAGUCCAUGAAAAUUCUGACAAACCGCACGAUUCCGGUCAACGCCAGUCUUGUGGACCAUUUGAUCGAUAGUAUGUUUAAGCUGGAUGGCAUGUUGGAUGAACUGCGAACGGAAUAUUUCAACGGAGCGGUUUUUGGAAUGACCGACCUGAUGAUAUGGCCGUGGUUUGAGCGUUCGAGUGCAGUCUUCAAACGACCGGAAAUCGAGCGGGUGCUGGAUAAAAACAUGGCAGAAAACAAGUAUCGAAACGGCUUACUGCCGCAGAACUUGGUGAACUGGCAUCGAAAGAUGUCGGAAGAGGGAGUUGUUUCCAUUACGAAGUACGGUGAACUGGCACACGAGCGUAAUUACGAAACGCACGACUGUGAUUCUGGUUUAUGUGAUUGUCACGACUAAUAACUUAUACUUUAUUGUCACCUUCAGUAAUACAGUAAUAAGAACUUCCAUAAAAUGCUUUGGUGGUACACUUAUUAUUACCAGAUCCUUGUAAACAAUUUCCAACCGUAUUGCUGUAAGAAUUUGGAUUUGUUUGUUGUUGAACCGGAGUCGACCGAUUUUUUGGAAAGGUCAUUUGCAGUUCUUGGUGACACUGUGUGUAAAAGGUGAAUAAAACACAA